GUACAUACCAGAGCCUGGGCUGUUAGCGGAGGGCUGUGAUUAGCUAGAAAGGCAAGCAUAACCUGACCUGAUUGGCUCUGGACUCCCUCCUGUUGUUACUCCACAGCAGCCGGAAGACCGGUCCACCAAUCACAGGGCUCCUUACUGGGUGCACAAGCAACUGCCGGAGAUUGCCAGGAGCCCCUAGCAACACCUUGGCUUUUGAAACCUGGAAGGUGGGGUGCAGUCAGUAGAGGAGCGUGCCAAUGCCUCAGGAAGAGUCGGAUCCCAGGAUGGACACCCCACCCUCUGAAGAACCCUUAGAUAAGCAAAACAGAAAACUGGAAGUCCAGGAAGAGGAGAUGGGGUUUAAGGAGCUGGAUGAUCUGAGGGAAGCCUUGGCGAACCUCCGGGGGCUGUCCGAGGAGGACAAGAGUGAGCGGGCGAUGCUGUGUUCCCGCAUCCAGGAGCAGUCCCAGCUCAUCUGCAUCCUGAAGCGGAGAUCCGACGAGGCCCUGGAGCGCUGCCAGACCCUGGAACUGCUCAACACCGAGCUGGAGGAGAAGAGGCUGCUGGAGGCCGAGGAGCUGAAGGCCAAAACUCAGCAGGCCCAGAAGCUGGAGGAACGCUUUAUGACCCUGGCCUCCAACCACGAGUUGAUGAUCCGCUUCAAGGAUGAACACAAAAGGCAGAACGCCAAGCUGCGGGAGGAGAACGAGAAGCUGAGGCUGGAGAAUGACCAGCUUUUCAGCCCAGCGCUGAAGGCCCAGGAGGCCAAAGUGGUGCAGCUCACAGCCCGGAGCGAGGCCCUCGCCAAGGAGCUGGAGACCCUGCAACGGAAGUACGCCCAGGAUGUCUGCCAGGCCCAGGCCCGAGAGCAGGAGCUGCUGGAGCUGCAGAACCGGCAGGCCUGCGCCCACACUGAGGAGACCGAGCAGCUGCGCAUGCAGCUGCAGAGCCUCCAGCAGCAGCAGCAGGAGGCCCUGCAGCAGACGGCCAAGGCCGAGCAGGCACACAGCCAGCGGAACCAGGAGCUGCGGGCCCGGCUGCAGACCGUCACUCGGGAGAAAGAGGAGCUGCUGCUGCUGUCCGUAGAGAGGGGCAAGGUGCUUCAGAAAAAGCAAGCGGAGAUCUGCCAGCUGGAGGAGAAGCUGCAGAUGGCCGACGUGGCCAAGAGGCACGCGCUCGAGCGCUUUGAGCAAGAGGCCGUGGCCGUGAACAGCAACUUGCGAGUCCGGGAGCUUCAGCGCAGGGUGGAUGGCAUCCAGGCCGCCUAUGAUGAACUCAGGCUGCAGUCUGAAGCUUUCAAAAAGCACAGCCUGGAUCUUUUAAGCAAGGAGAGAGAACUCAAUGCCAAACUCCGCCAUCUCUUUCCAUAAGGAGGUUUCUGCUUCCUCUGGCCUCCGAUGAAGAAAUCAGAUAUCUGUGCCUUACUAUUAUGGCGAAAGUCAAGAUUGUAUUCCACUUAUUCUACUUUUAAUUACGAGAGACUGCUCAAAGAAAAGCUACUUUACUACAGUGAUGUUUACUACAGUGCCAUUGUAAGGGUAACACUGAUUUUUCAGUCCCACCACCUAGAAUACACGAGAUUUACCAAA